AUGGAAGAAAACUAUGUGAUAUUUGAUUGUGAUAUCGGUAACGAUGAUGCCUGGGCCUUGAUAAUGUUAAUCAAGGCAGAGAAGUUGUUGAAGGAUUUGGCUCUCAAGGGGAAGAGAGUUAAUGGUGCAGUGAAGCCUUUUAAGAUACUUGGUGUGACUUGUGUGCGGGGUAAUACUGAUGUGGAUAAUGGUGUGGAGAAUGCGUUGAGGGUUUUGGAUGCAGUCGAUCGUUUGGAUAUACCUGUCUAUAGAGGUUGCGAUCAUUCUAUAAUACCGCCCAACUUCGAACAUAAGCAUUUUCAUGGUCUAGAUGGUUUUGGAGAUGUUGCAAAUUUACCGUAUGUGACAAAGGUCCAGGCUCGAACUGAACAUGCUGUGAACAUGAUGUACUCCAGUGUUUGUAAGCAUCCAAAUCAAAUCGAUUUCAUAUUGGUUGGGCCCCUAACCAAUUUUGCUGUUUGCAUUAAUAUGUACGGAAAAGAGUUUUUGGACAAGGUGCGGAAUAGAUAUCCGGGUGGAAAUUACAGAGGCAAGGGAAAUGUAACGAAAAGUGCUGAAUUCAAUUUUCGCCUGGAUCCAGAGGCUGCCCACAUUGUCUUUGAAAGUGUCAACAAACCAAUGAUGGUGGUGCCGUGGGAAACCUGUAUCGAUGGUGAAAUGAAUUAUGAUGCUGAUUGGCGUUUUGAAGUGCUAUCCAAGGUUGAUUCAAAAGUCAUGCAUUUAAUGAACACUGUGGAGAAUUCCUUCCUACGCCCCCUGGAUUAUGCGAAAUGGAUUAUUUGUGAUGCUGUCUUGGUUGCUGCCUUCCUAUUUCCGGAAUUCAUAAUCAGUAGGAGUCGUCUAUAUCAUGCAACGGUGGAAUUGGUGGGACAACAUACAUGUGGCCAAAUGGUCCUCGACCACAAGCGAAAGGAUGAAGGCAAUGCAAAUGUGAUUAUGUCGGUACAUACAGAUAAUUAUAGAGAAAUUGUGGCCUGGACUGGAGGUCUAUUAGGAGAUGAGGUGAUCGAAAAAUUAUUAUGUGAUUAA